CCCAGACUAGCCAUUUAUAUUACUUACAUCCCUCUCUUUCUCUCUCUAGAAAUAUCUCACCAGUCACCACAUAGGUAGAUUGAAAGAGAGAAGAAUCUCUCUCUCUCUCUCUCUCUCUUACAAGUUACAAGAAAUAAGCACAGUCGAUGAUGAAAGAGUUGAAGAAGAGAUGAUGAAACGAAGGCACGAAGCUUAACCCCUGAAUCUUGUCCACAUAAAAAGAGAGAGAAACAUCCAUCAAUCUACAGAGGAAAACACUCACAACACACAGUAGCAGGCGUUGUUGUUGAAUUAAAGCGAAAACAGUGCAAUGAGCCCAGAGGAGUCGUUAAGAUCUCUGUCCCUAGACUACCUGAACCUCCUGAUCAACGGGCAGGCCUUCAGCGACGUCACCUUUAGCGUGGAGGGGCGUCUGGUCCACGCGCACCGCUGCAUCCUGGCCGCCCGGAGCCUCUUCUUCCGGAAAUUCUUCUGCGGGCCCGACGCCCAGUCGCCCCAGAUGGGCCCCCCGCCGCGCGGCCCCGGCGUCAUCCCGGUUAACUCCGUCGGCUACGAGGUCUUCCUUCUCAUGCUCCAGUUCUUGUACAGCGGCCAGGUCUCGAUCGUCCCUCAGAAACACGAGCCCCGCCCCAAUUGCGGCGAGCGCGCCUGCUGGCACACGCAUUGCACCUCCGCCGUCGAUCUCGCCCUCGAUACCCUCUCCGCCGCUAGAUCGUUCGGCGUCGAACAGCUCGCUUUGCUCACUCAGAAGCAACUUGCUAGCAUGGUGGAGAAGGCCUCAAUUGAGGAUGUGAUGAAGGUUCUAAUAGCUUCUAGAAAGCAGGAAAUGCACCAAUUAUGGACCACUUGCUCCCACCUGGUCGGAAAAUCCGGGCUCCCGCCGGAGGUCCUGGCGAAGCACCUCCCGAUCGACGUGGUGGCGAAGAUCGAGGAGCUCCGCCUCAAGUCGUCCCUAGCCCGGCGGUCCCUAAUGCCGCACCACCAGCAGCAGCAGGACCUGGCGGGGCCCGACCUGGACGACCAGAAGAUCCGGCGCAUGCGGCGGGCCCUGGACUCGUCGGACGUGGAGCUGGUGAAGCUGAUGGUGAUGGGAGAAGGCCUCAAUCUGGACGAAGCACUGGCAUUGCAUUAUGCGGUGGAGAAUUGCAGCAGGGAGGUGGUGAAGGCGCUGCUGGAGCUGGGCGCCGCCGACGUCAACUACCCGGCGGGGCCGGCGGGGAAGACGCCGCUGCACGUGGCGGCGGAGAUGGUGUCGCCGGACAUGGUGGCGGUGCUGCUGGACCACCACGCGGACCCGAAUGUGCGGACGGUGGAAGGAGUGACGCCGCUGGAUGUGCUGCGAACCCUAACAUCGGAUUUCCUGUUUAAGGGGGCGGUGCCGGGGCUGACCCACAUCGAGCCCAAUAAGCUGCGGCUGUGUCUGGAGCUGGUGCAGUCAGCGGCGAUGGUCAUCUCACGGGAGGAGGGGAAUGCGGCGUCGGCCCCCCCUAUCUACCCGCCCAUGGGGGCUGAUCAGGAGGACGCGGGGGCGGGGAAUCUUGAUUCGAGAAUGGUGUAUUUGAAUCUGGGGGCGCAGAUGGGGGGGAAGAUGAGUGAGGGGGAGGAGACUAGCAGCCACAGAGAAGCUAUGAAUCGACAUGAUGCUUCCAUGUAUCAUCAUCAUCAUCAUCAUCACUCCCAUGAUCAGUAUUGACCUCCACUCUCUCUCUCUUAAUUUCUUGCUAUAUGCUCCUCCUCGAUCGUCUCUUUUGAAAUAUAUGUGCAAAAUUUGUUUCCAUCAAGUGGGAUUUGCGAAAUGGUUGUUUAAAAUUCAUGGAGAUCAUAUGACUAGCUAGCUAGCUGAUUAGUAAUGAAAUUCGUCUCUCUCUCUCUCU